AUGGACAAUAACAGGAACAGGAAGGAGCAUAAUAAGCAUGAGUAUACAAUUUCGAUCAUCCUUCGCGAGCUGACAGGGAAAAAAAAGCAACAACAACAGUACCUGGGUGGGGUUAUAAGGGUUGAGGAGGGUAAGGAGAAUUGGGGUCAUCUGGCGUACUUGGUUCUUUUUUCACUUCCAUCUGAUAUAAAGAACAUCUCUUUGUCCAAUUCCACUAUCAAGAAGAUGGACAUGGAUGGAUGUACAGAUGGUAGUAGUGGUAAAGGAAGCAAUGGUGAGCUUUCCAUGAUAAAAAGGUAA